GCGACCGAGCACCGAAACUUGAGCUUGGAUGUGAUGUUUAAGAUGAAGACAGUGGUCGUGCAGCUCCCACGGGCCGUAUUGGCCAGCACGGACAAAGCGUUGCUGUCAGUUCUGUUAACGAAGGCAAUGGUACCGGACCCUUUGGGCAAGUUCAGCAGUCUUUCAAGUAGCACACAGAUGGAAAUCAUAUGACAUAGAAUAUUUGGGUGCCAUCUUCCUCACAGAGCUUGAAGAAUUGCAGAAGACAUAAACACUAAUGAAUUUGAGAAAGUGGUAAAGAUUUUGGGGGAAGGGAAAAAGCACCUGCUUUCCAGAUCUGCUACUUGGCCGAAUGCUAAGAUGUCUGUGGACAUGAAUAGCCAGGGUUCUGACAGUAAUGAAGAGGACUAUGAUCCAAAUUGUGAAGAGGAAGAGGAGGAGGAAGAAGAGGAGGACCCUGGGGACAUAGAGGACUAUUAUGUGGGAGUAGCCAGUGAUGUGGAGCAACAGGGAGCUGAUGCCUUUGAUCCUGAGGAGUACCAGUUUACCUGCUUGACCUACAAGGAGUCAGAGGGUGCCCUCAACGAGCACAUGACCAGCUUAGCCUCUGUAUUAAAGGUAUCUCAUUCAGUUGCUAAACUCAUAUUAGUUAAUUUCCACUGGCAAGUCUCAGAGAUAUUGGACAGAUACAAGUCCAAUUCCGCCCAGCUGCUCGUUGAGGCUCGCGUUCAGCCCAAUCCAUCAAAACAUGUCCCCGCCACCCAUCCCCCUCACCACUGUGCAGUGUGUAUGCAGUUUGUGCGGAAGGAAAACCUCCUCUCUCUGGCUUGUCAGCACCAGUUUUGCCGCAGCUGCUGGGAGCAGCACUGUUCUGUGCUUGUCAAGGACGGCGUGGGCGUGGGGGUUUCUUGUAUGGCUCAGGACUGCCCACUCCGAACACCAGAGGACUUCGUGUUUCCGUUGCUGCCCAACGAAGAAUUGAAAGACAAAUACAGACGCUACCUCUUCAGGGACUAUGUGGAGAGUCAUUACCAGCUCCAGCUGUGCCCUGGUGCAGACUGCCCCAUGGUUAUCCGGGUACAGGAGCCCAGAGCUCGCCGAGUGCAGUGCAAUCGAUGCAACGAGGUCUUCUGUUUCAGGUGUCGUCAGAUGUAUCACGCCCCCACAGACUGCGCCACAAUCCGGAAAUGGCUCACGAAGUGUGCAGAUGACUCUGAAACGGCCAACUACAUUAGUGCACACACUAAAGACUGUCCCAAGUGCAACAUCUGCAUUGAGAAGAACGGGGGCUGCAAUCACAUGCAAUGCUCCAAGUGUAAACACGACUUCUGCUGGAUGUGUCUAGGAGACUGGAAGACCCACGGCAGUGAGUACUACGAGUGCAGUCGGUACAAGGAGAACCCUGACAUUGUCAACCAGAGCCAGCAGGCCCAGGCCAGGGAGGCCCUUAAGAAAUACUUGUUCUACUUUGAGAGGUGGGAAAACCACAACAAAAGCCUGCAGCUGGAGGCACAGACAUACCAGCGGAUCCAUGAGAAGAUCCAGGAGAGGGUCAUGAACAACCUGGGGACGUGGAUCGACUGGCAGUACCUACAGAACGCAGCCAGGCUUUUGGCCAAGUGUCGAUACACCUUGCAGUACACCUAUCCAUAUGCGUACUACAUGGAGUCUGGACCCAGGAAGAAACUGUUUGAAUACCAGCAGGCUCAGCUGGAAGCUGAGAUCGAAAACUUGUCCUGGAAAGUAGAGCGUGCAGACAGCUACGAUAGAGGGGACUUGGAGAACCAGAUGCACAUAGCGGAGCAGCGGAGGAGAACCCUGCUGAAGGAUUUCCAUGACACCUAGGGGGCAUGGAUGCCGGCGUGUGAAGAAGGCCCAGCUGAGAGAGCGGCCUCUGAGCUGCCACAACUGCAUGCUGCAGGCUGACGUUAACCCUGGCGCCAGCCAGGGCCACUCCCGAGAGACACUGGCAACACCCCUCUUAGUUGAUUUCUGUUUUCUGCUCAUCUUUUGCUUUUCCUCCCAGGGUAAGAAGCCAUGUGGACGGGGCUUCUUUUUCAGGACCUUUAAUUCUCUCCCUGGAUGGUUGUUGGGCGGGAGGGGAGGUUUUUUUCUGAAUGGCUAUUAAUUAGAUUAGAUCAUUACAACUUAUGUAAAUCUCAGAGGCUGUACAAUUAGACACACAGAGGAGGAGGGGGAAAAAAGCAAACUAUAGAAUAACACAAACCCUUUAUGAAAAUAAAUUGGCAUUGGAAUGUUUACCCUCUAUUUUCCUCAGAACUUCACAUGCACUGCCCACCCACUUUGCCUCCAAACGAAUGUCUGCUCUUCAGGAGGGGCCGCAGCUGGGGUCCCAAGGGAUACCUAGUGACAGGUGGUGUGUCUUGCAGGUCUCCUGCCUGCUUCUUCUCUUUUGUGAGGAGGUGCACCUGCCUCACCUUGGCCAUGAGGAGGUAGCCCAAGGUAGGGAUUUCCUCCCCGGGUGCCCUGUUGUGGUGCUGCAGAUCCUUGGGCUCAUCUUCAUUCUUGGAAGUGAGGCUGACCCAGGCUGGCUGAGGCUGGAGCCCCCAGUAGAACCACAGGGGGGUGUAUGUGGUCCUCCGAGCCAGGAUUUCCUCUUGUCCAAUAGAUAGACCCCCAUUUUCAUAUGGAGCUGAUCCUCCAAGUGAGUUUGUUUUCUUGGUACCUUCUUUUGUGCCAGUGUUCUAUAGUGGUGGUCACCCUGACGAGGGUCACUUGCCUGCCCGGUCCUGCUGCACCUUCCUCUGGGAAGCAUUCCGGUCAGCGUUUGACAUGGUCCUUGCAAGGGCAUUGGGGCCAGAUUGCAUGUCACCUGGGGUACACCCAGCAGUUGCCUGCACCCCAUGCCUGAUGCCCAUCAGGAAAUGCUCCUUUGAAGGCCCAGGAACCUGAGGCCUGGAGCCUCCUUGCUUUCUGCUCUCAGCUCCUGUCCUGGGAGGGGCUGGCAGAGAGGGGGAGGGUGGCAGUUUAUGGAACAGUCAGGCCAAAAGGAGCCAGUGGUUCACGUGGUGCCCUACCUGUCCCAACCUGGACCUGUGGGCCUUUGUAAAGUGAGGGCUGUGGUCUCUGCAGCCUCCACUCAGACUGGCAGGUCUCUUUGUCUCCCAGAAGAGCCAAUUAGGGAGAUGACUUGUGCACAUUGUUGGAAGUUCUUUGUUCGUAUAUUUUCACCUCCAGUCAGCCAUUUCCCAGGUACCAUGUAAGCUGUGAAACCCAGUCACCCUUGAACUAGAGGACAGCUGUGACUCUCGGGAUUCAGGGCUACCUGGCUGACUACAGGGCCCCUUUCUCCCUUCUCAGGUUGUGUCUUCCUGUUGUCCUCAGCCAGCAAGGAGGCAUGUGGUGUAGGGUGAGGGCACGGGAGCCCAGUGUAGGUCUGUGGGACGCUUGCUGUGCCUGGGCGCGUGAGACUAGUGGGAUGCAAAUGCUCUGUUGAUGCAUACGUGCGUGCGGAUCCUGGUGGCUGGAGCCUCCCUCAUGGCUGCGUCCUUCCUGAGGCACGGCCGCUGCAGCUCCGCCCUCUGAGUCACACCUGGGGCAGGGCUGGUGUUUUCUGCACCUGCAUCUCAUGUGGCCCUGGCCACUGACUCUGCAGGGCGCUCUGUGCCGACCUCCAGCUGGCACCCCUGACCUGUGGAGAGCUUCCUUUUGUGCCUCCUGUGACUGUCCUUUGUUCGUGUCUGCCUUCGGAAGGACAGAGAGGAAGGGAGGCAGCAGUGUUUCCCUGGAUUCACCAUCUCUUUGCUCUUCAAAGAGUAAACUGAGGCGGGUCAUCUGCUCAGCAACGAGUCGUUUAUUCAAAUAAAAUGUACGUUUCUGAUGAUAAAA